UCAUGGAAUGGGUUGUUUAAAAAUAAUAAUUGUUGCUAAUUUAGUAACAACAGCUGUGCCACGACAACAUGAAGUCGAUUUUGUUGUUAUUUUGUUUUGUGUCUGUGAAAGCUAGCAGCAAUGUUACUUUUACUUAUGAUAUGGCCUUACGUUGCAAAGAGCACUUAUGCAAGCACGGCUACAGCUACGAAACCUUCUACCAUGUGGACACUUUGGCCAAGAAGUCGAAGAGUCCGGAAGUUUUGUUGGAGAUGCACAUAGCGAUCCUGGCUGCUAGCAACGGGCAUAUCCUGCUCUCUACCAACUCAAAAGUUGAUGCCUCUGAGCCCGUUUAUGAAAUAGUUGUCGGUGGAGGUGCUAACAAAUUCACUGAGCUUCGUCGCAACGUGAGGAAGAACGCUAAAACGUCCGCCAAGACGCUUGGGAUACUGUCUCCUAUCGACUUCAGGCCGUUCUACAUUAGAAUUACCGAAGACGGCGUGAUAGAGUUCGGUCGGGAAGGCGAGCCGUUGCCGGUGCUGAGCUACAUGGACCACGAUCCCCUCACAGUCAACUACUUCAGCUUCGCCGCGUGGAACGGCGUGGAGGCCAAGUUCUUGUACGACUGCCCCGCGCCGGGCGAUAAUGCUACUGAUGACUCCAAGCCAGUGGAACGGAAGAUGUCAAACUACGAGAACCUGCUUCGCACGCUGUUUUGGUACCGCGACCCCAGCGUGCCGCCUGCCACGGAGGUCAGCGUCGACAUCGGCCUGCACAUCACCAGCGUCUCCUAUGAUGAGCUGGACUCGGUGCUGCACUUUGGAGCGUCCAUAUUGUUGAAAUGGAUGGACAACAGUCUGGCGUGGAACCCCAAUAAGUUCAACGGUACAACGUAUCUAAAUUUACGACAGGGUCAAGUGUGGACACCAGUUUUAUAUGUUUACGAAGACUUCAGCGGUAUGGACGUGAAGAACUCUGAGCUGGUGAAAAUCGUCCACAGCGGGGAGGCGACGCUUCAUCUCCAAGUCUCUGUGAAGACCUGGUGCGCUGGAGAAAAGGGCAUGAUUACUAAAUGGCCACAAGACCAGUACACCUGCUCAGUUAUAUUGGAGCCCUGGGAGGUGCAUGACCGAAUACUCUUCAAGAUCAUGGACAAGAAUGAUAAAGAUUUGAAAAGUUUUUCAGACCUCCAGCUCCCCGUGGUGAACGCGUGGGAGGUGACGACGGAGCCGAUCGUCGUGAACAGCUCCAUCUGGACUACGAUGUUUCCUGUGCAGGAGGAGAUCAACGCCGUGCAGAGCGAUAGGAUCGUUGUGAAUAUCAACCUGACGAGACGGUCCUCGACUUAUAACAUCGCGCUGUAUACUCCACUGAUUGUCCUAGUAAUCUUCUUCCUAAUGUCGUUCUGGACGGAGCCGCUGCAGGUGGAGCGAGUGAGGCUGUACACGGGCGCGGUGAUCAUCAUGUGCAUGGGGCUAUGCUACAUCGACCGCCUCGUGCCGUGCUACACGCUGCCCACUAUACUAAUCCUAUACAUAACGGUGCAAUGCGGAGUGCUGGCAGCGCUGCUGCUGCAGGUCGCCCUGAUGACGUCACUGGCGGACGACCUCUGCAAUUCCUCCGUCAUCCAGGACAUACUCAUGAACAGGUUGCUGAGAGAAAUAUUCUGCUUGAAGGAGUCAAAGGCACGUCCAAUCUAUGUCAAUAUCAACGAGGGCUACUCCCAAGAGGACGAAGACUUAACAGAAGCCGGCGUUGGGGCUGAUAAUGAUGAUAAGGACACGAAAAUCACGAACAAAAUGGAGGUCGCAGUCAUCAUGGAGAAAAUAUUGUUUGUCAUCUUCUCUGUGACUUUUGCUGUGAUGCUCUUCUCACAGGAUUAAAAGA